GGGAGCUUUGACAUAUCAUCAGAUCUGAAACUUGUCAGUGGUGUGGAACCUUCCAUCAGAACCAACCUUUCCGAAGGUUCAGCUGUGGCUGAUCGGUCAGGGUGAGGCUGGGAAGAAGUGUGAGUGGGCUCCAAGUGUAGUGAGAGCUUCAAUCAUUCAUCGAGCCACAUGAACCACUGACUCAUUCCUACAGGUGAGAGGCUGGUCAAGUGUGAGGUGUGAGAGGAGGACUCCACAGGCUCAUAAGAUCUCGUAGCACACAAGGUGCACCUCUUACAACUACUGUUACGUCAAGAGCAGCCAGAUGGAAGAGAAACGGUUUAAGUGUGAGAUGUGUGAUGAAGCUUUUGUGACAUCUUCGAGUCUCCUGAUACACCAGAGGAUUCACAUGGGGAAGCAACUCCUCAGGUGUGAGGUGUGUGAGGCAACUUUUACCAAUUCCUCCAAGCUUCUGCGACACCAGAGGAUCCACACAGGAGAGAAGCUGUUCACAUGCAAGGUGUGUGACAAAUCAUUUGCACAGUCACUGAACCUCCGCAUACACCAACGCAUUCACACAGGGGAGAAACCGUUCAAGUGUGAGGUGUGUAACAAAUCAUUCUCUCAGUCUUUGAAACUCCUGUUCCAUCAGACAGUCCACACAGGGGAGAAACCAUUCACAUGUUUGGUGUGCAAAAAAUCAUUCUCGCGGUCCCAGACUCUCCAAGGACACCAACGCAUUCACACUGGCGAGAAACCAUUCACAUGCAAGAUGUGUGACAAAUCAUUUUCAGAUUCAUCAGCCCUCCGAGGACACCAACGCAUUCACACUGGGGAGAAACCAUUCACAUGUGAGGUUUGUGACAAAUCAUUCUCGCGGGCAUCAAAUCUCCGUGUACAUCAACGCAUUCACACAGGUGAGAAACCAUUCACAUGCAAGAUGUGUGACAAAUCGUUCUCUGAUUCAUCAGCCUUCCAAGGACACCAACGCAUUCACACUGGGGAGAAACCUUUCACAUGUGAGGUUUGUGACAAAUCAUUCUCACAGGCAUCAAAUCUCCGUGCACACCAACGCAUUCACACAGGCGAGAAACCAUUCACUUGUGAAGUGUGCGACAAAUCAUUCUCGCUGUCAUCGAACCUCCAUGUACACCAACGCAUUCACACAGGAGAGAAGCCAUUCACAUGUGAGGUGUGUGAUAGAUCAUUCUCCCAGUCAACGGAGCUCCGUGUGCACCAGCGCAUUCACACAGGGGAGAAACCAUUCAUGUGCGAGGUGUGCUACAAAUCGUUCUCAAAUUCAUCAUACCUCCGCACACAUGAGCGCAUUCACACUGGGGAGAAGCCAUUCACCUGUGAGGUUUGUGAAAAAUCAUUCUCACGGUCAUCGGAGCUCUGCAGGCACCAACGCAUUCACACAGGGGAGAAACCAUUCACGUGUGAGGUGUGCUACAAAUCAUUCUCAAAUUCAUCCCACCUCCGCACACACGAACGUAUUCACACUGGGGAGAAGCCAUUCACGUGUGAGCUUUGUGACAAAUCAUUCUCACGGUCAUCAAGUCUCCGCACACACCAACACAUUCACACAGGGGAGAAACCAUUCAUGUGCAAGGCGUGUAACAAAUCAUUCUCACAGUCUCGAAGCCUCCGUGUACAUCAACGCAUUCACACGGAAGUAACCGUCCAAGUGUGAGGUGUCUGACAAACCUUCACAAAUUUUCAUGGAAACAAGGUCUUGCCAAUCUGUCAUCAGAGUGUUGACAACGCCAGUGCUGAGGUACGAUGAUGUCAAUGAUGAAGUCACCCUGCAGUGAGAUGCCAGUGAAACAGGACUUGGAGCAACCCUCAUGCAACAAGGACAACCAGAUGUGUUUGUAGCCAGAGCAUUAACACAAACUGAACGACGCUAUACACAGAUUGAGAAAGAGAGCCUGGCUAUUGUCUUUGCUUGUGCAUUUCAACCAGUACCUGUUUGGGAGAGAGACAGUGAUGGUGCAGUCUGACCACAAGCCACUUCAAAGCAUUUUUCUCAAAUCGCUUCCAUUUGGUCCAAAGUGUUUACAAAUGAUGUUACUUCAUUUGCAGGGAUAUCAUUUGGAAGUGAAGACCUGAAAAUUUUAAAGAUUAUAUGUGCAAUGUGUGUGUAGGGACAGAGAAAUUUGGAACAGACUAGAAAGAGCAAAGCAUUUGCUUGUUUGUGUGAUAAUUUUCUUUAUGGACUAUUUAUGUGGAGUAUCUUGGAAACGAAAAGGGGGGUGUCUGGAUAAAUUCCUUUUUACACUGUGGCUUUCCAUAUUAACGUGUCUGCAGAUGUCAUCAUAUGUAAAUAAAGGUUUGAGGGUAGUUGCCAUUUUACACACCACAUGGAACAUUGUUUAAAAUUCAAAAUGCUCCAAAUAUUUCUGGAGCAACAUGAGUUUCCUGAAGCUUGGGAAACUGACCAGUGAAAUGGAGGCGACUUUGAGCAGCAGAUCAGGUGGGGAUUUAAACUUGUCAUUGUCCCAUCUGAAUAAAACCUU